CCCGCGGUCAUCCUCACGCGCGAGCGCGGCAAGAACGGCAAGCUCGACGCGCUGCUGCGCGAGCGCGGCGUGCCGACUGCGGAGCUGCCGUGCAUCGCGUUUCAGCAGCUGCCCGCCGGGCAGGCGGAGCUGCCGCCGGCCCUCGCGGAGGAGACGCCGGCCUGGGUCGUCGUCACGUCGCCCGAGGCCGCCGGCGUGCUCGCUGAGGGCUGGGAGCGCGCCGGCCGGCCUCACCUCCGGCUAGCGUCGGUCGGCGGGGCGACGGCCAAGGCGCUCCAAUCGCUCGGGCUGCGCUCCGCCUUCACGCCGACCAAGGCGACGGGGAGGGCACUGGCAGAGGAGCUGCCGCUCGACCACGGCGACAGCGGAGGCGGCGACGGCGCGCCGCCGGCGGUGCUCUACCCUUGCUCUGCGCUCGCCGCCGACACCGUGUGCGCCGGCCUGGAGCGGCGCGGGUUCGGCGUGCGCCGCAUCGACACGUACACGACGGUGGCGGCUGAGUGGGGGCCGUCCGAGGAGGAGGCCGCUCGCGCCGCGUCGGUCGUCUCGUUCGGCUCGCCGUCCGCAGUGCGCGUCUGGCACGAGCGGGUCGGCUCCGGCGCCGUCGCCGCCUGCAUCGGCGAGACGUCUGCGGCGCAGGCGCGCGAGCUCGGCUUCAGCCAGGCGCGUGUGAUCGCGCCCGACUCGCCCGGCGUCGAGGCGUGGGCCGAGACCAUUCUC